AUGGGAAGGAAGGCCCGGAAUGAAGGGCCUAAGCGUUGCGACCAUCCAUUUGUGAAAGGUGGCGCUCCAGAUGAGGCAAAGCAGAGCGUCCUCGACCGCUUGAUUCAGACCUAUGGGGAGUGCACAACAGUGCUUGUGCCUGAGACUGGGCCUGUUCAAGAUGUCACGAAGAACUUCGUAGUUGUGCGACGCGCAUACAAGAAGAAGAAAGCUUCCUUCGAGGGGGAGGAGGGAGUGACUUCGCUGUGGGUCUGCAAGACAUGCCUGUGGCACGAGAAAUGCCCCUCGCACAACCGCGCUUUGGCGCACAAGCUCGGAUUCAUGACCCACCAAGCGUGGUUGGAUUCUGGUCCUCUCAGACCUCGACGAGAACCAUGUGCUUUGGCUGAAAAUGUGAAGAAGCAAUUGCGCGAAAUCACUCGCGCCACUCAUGGAAUUGCAAGGGUGAAGGCUUGUGAGCAGUUGCUUCCACAAGAGACCGUAGCUUCUUUAGCUAUGACUGGGGUGACCUUGGCCAAAACUUACUGCUCCUUCCAGAUGUGGGAUAGUUUGGAGGAAGCAGAGCCAGGAGGGCAGCCUCUGAAUUUGGAACGGGCCAAAUUGCUCGAAGCCCUGGAGAUUGUUGAAACUCAGUCUUCUUUCUCACGAGCAAAUCAUCCUCGCCGGAAGGAGCUUUUAGCGUAUGUUUCCAGUGGCGCUUACAAAGGCGCGAACCGGCAAGAAGUGGCCAAGAUUUUGAAGACGCUAUACCACCAGUGCUGUGACCAUGCCCUUGCUAUGGCACGGAAUUCCUUGUGCACAUUGACCUUUGAUGGCAUGUUCAACCAGGGCUACAACAUGACCAACUUUUGGGCUGUGAAUGCUGGGGGCAGGCACCACUUGCGCACAAAGGACUUUUCGUGGAAAGUGCAAGAUGCUGCGACCCUAGCAAAUGAAGUAGCUGGCCUUGCCAAUAGCUUGGGCGUGGAGAUGAUUGCCUGCGUAUGCACCGACAGGCCGAGAGUGAUGAGAGCUGCGCGCAGGGGCUUCCUCAAGAGAACUUCGCGGAUCACCUGGUGCUUUUGCUUGGAGCAUGGUGGCCACACUUUGGCCAAAAAGCUGCUGAAAGUUUUCCCAUGGAUGCAUAAAGCUUCGAAGGAUUUGAAGAAAAUGCUGGCGUUUCAGUCUCGCAAGAAGAGGCUUCGCUGCUUUCUCCGCGACCGAAUCGCUCGGUCCAGCAAGCCCAGGAAGAUUCACUUGAAAGUGCCUCGUUCUACACGUUUCUGCUCUAUGCAAGCCAGCGGCGUGGCCUUCAUGUGGAACCUUGAGGACAUCAAGUCCGCAGUUGCUCCAGGCGGGCGGCCGACGGAGGCCUUCAAGAGCAUGAAAGCUGGUGAGGGCGGUGACGAGUUUGUCCGCAUGAUCCACGACCGGAACCUGACUAAUACCAUUGGUCGAUUGACGCUAUUCCUGCAGCCCCUCACCACAUUUGUUCGAAUGGCAGGGCGAGGUGUCAUGUCUGAGGCGGUGAUGCUUUGGUACAACAUGGAGACCCAGAUGGACUUUCUCAUUGGAAAGUUUGACUUUGUGCGCCGGGGUGAGGCGAACGAAGCUUUGACAGAAAGGCGCCACCUGUGGCGUCAGUGGACAGAGCACUACUGUGAUGGAGGCCUAGCCCCUGGACAAAAAGAAGACAAAGCGAAAGACCCGGGCUUCCUUCAGGAUGCUCACUAUUGUGCCUUUUUGCUUGACCCACGCAUGUAUCAGCUAGCGAGGCAGCAUGCUCGUACUGCACCUUCUCUUCGCAAGGGCCUUCCUCGAGCCAAUCUCCAUGAGGUGCGUGUCGCCUGUGCAGAUCGCACGGUUCCCUACUUGCAUACCUUCUUUGCAAACAAUGCCUACGCCUUGGGGCGUGCAAUUGCAGAGUGGCAGGACUUUGAGGGACGCAAAGGGGUCUUUGCAAAUGUCGACUUCCGAGUGCAGCCUGAUGACGACAUGCAAUCCUGGUGGCGGCGAACCAAAUCGACUUGGCUGUCAGAGGUUGCGCUCCACGUCGCGGCCAUGUGCCCGACCAACCAAGCUGCUGAACAUGGGUGGGCUCACUUGUGCCGAGUCACAACGCCAGUGCGAAAUAGAUUGGCAAUGGAUACGCGCUCGAUGCUCGCAACAGUGCAGCAUCAUGCCCACCACGUGCAUCCUUAUGCGCAAAACCAGGCUCCUGCUCAGAGCCAGAAGAAGCGCAAAAGCUGGGUACCACCUUUGCUCCGCUUUGAUGUGAAGCUGACAAUCGCCGAGCUGGGGCCUGGAAAGCUGCAAUCGCCUCUUGAACCCGAUGAUGUGGACUCCAUGGACAGUCACUCCAGCUCGUCAACCUCUGAGGAGGACUCCUCGGACGAGUCUCAGGGUUCGGAAGGCGACAUGCCGCCUUGUGUGCCUUGCGAUCCUUUUGUCCAAGUUUCCGAAGAGGACUUGGAGCACAACCUUCGCAGUGAGAUGUGA